GAUGGAUUUGGUGAUUUCUUGCGUGCUAUGCAUUUUCUUUUGGUGAUUAGUCGCUAUUCUAUGAAUGGUGGAUCGAAUUGUCGUGAUUCAGAUUCAGAUGAUGGUUUAAACUUCGGACAUUUUUCUUUUAGAAUUUUGAUCGUAGGUUGGGAAUAUACGGAGAUCGGAUCUGAUGAAGUUGCAUUGACAUGGCUACACACACUCCUAAGAACAUCCUCAUUACUGGGGCUGCUGGAUUUAUUGCAUCUCAUGUUGCUAACAGACUUGUCAGGAACUAUCCUGGCUACAAAAUUGUUGUUCUGGACAAGCUUGAUUAUUGCUCAAAUCUGAAGAAUCUUCUUCCAUCUAAACCAUCUCCCAACUUCAAAUUCGUCAAGGGGGACAUUGGCAGCGCUGACCUUGUCAAUUAUCUCCUAAUUACCGAGUCCAUCGACACGAUUAUGCACUUUGCUGCCCAGACUCAUGUUGACAACUCGUUUGGUAAUAGUUUCGAGUUCACGAAGAAUAACAUCUAUGGUACACAUGUUCUUUUAGAAGCAUGCAAGGUCACUGGACAGAUUCGACGGUUCAUCCACGUUAGUACCGAUGAAGUGUAUGGAGAGACAGAUGAGGAUGCUGUUGUGGGAAACCAUGAGGCUUCCCAACUCCUCCCAACAAAUCCAUACUCUGCAACAAAAGCUGGAGCUGAAAUGCUUGUUAUGGCAUAUGGCAGGUCAUAUGGGUUACCUGUGAUUACGACCCGAGGAAACAACGUAUAUGGACCUAAUCAGUUUCCUGAGAAACUAAUUCCAAAGUUCAUUCUUUUGGCAAUGAGAGGCCAGCCUCUUCCAAUUCAUGGGGAUGGUUCUAAUGUUAGGAGCUACCUGUACUGUGAGGAUGUUGCUGAGGCUUUUGAAGUCAUCCUUCACAAAGGGGAGGUUGGCCAUGUUUAUAACAUUGGGACAAAGAAGGAGAGAAGGGUUAUAGAUGUUGCCCAAGAUAUAUGCAAACUGUUUAAAAUGGAUUCAGAGGCAAGCAUCAAAUUUGUCGAAAACAGACCGUUUAAUGAUCAGAGGUAUUUCUUGGAUGAUGAGAAACUCAAGAUCUUGGGAUGGUCUGAACGUACGACGUGGGAAGAAGGGCUCAAGAAGACGAUCGAAUGGUACACCAAGAACCCUGAUUGGUGGGGUGAUGUCUCUGGGGCUUUGCUGCCACAUCCUAGAAUGCUAAUGAUGCCCGGUGGAGUCGAGAGGCACUUUGAAGGGUCUGAAGAGGUAGCACCGGCUGCUUUCGUUUCAAGUAACACUAAGAUGGUUGUCCCAACUUCCAGAAAUCCAGGCUCUCCUCGCCAAUCAUACUUGAAAUUUUUGAUAUAUGGUAGGACAGGGUGGAUUGGAGGCCUUCUUGGACAGCUAUGUGAUAAACAAGGCAUUGCCUAUGCAUAUGGCAAAGGGCGUUUGGAGGAUCGGGCGUCGCUUUUGGCAGAUAUUCAGAAUAUUAAACCAACCCAUGUUUUCAAUGCUGCUGGAGUGACAGGGAGACCCAAUGUUGAUUGGUGUGAAUCUCACAAAACCGAAACUAUUCGAGCCAAUGUCGCUGGAACCUUAACUUUAGCUGAUGUUUGCCAGGAGCACGGGCUCUUGAUGAUGAACUUUGCCACUGGCUGUAUCUUUGAGUACAACGCUCAACAUCCAGAGGGUUCUGGCAUUGGAUUUAAGGAGGAGGACAAGCCAAAUUUCAUUGGUUCCUUUUAUUCAAAAACCAAGGCCAUGGUGGAGGAGCUUCUGAAAGAAUAUGACAAUGUCUGCACCCUCCGAGUUCGGAUGCCGAUAUCAUCCGACUUGAACAACCCACGCAACUUCAUUACCAAGAUUUCCCGCUACAACAAGGUCGUUAACAUCCCAAACAGCAUGACCAUCCUGGAUGAGCUUCUGCCCAUUUCGAUCGAGAUGGCAAAGCGUAACUUGAGAGGCAUCUGGAACUUCACAAACCCUGGCGUUGUGAGUCAUAACGAGAUCCUCGAAAUGUACAAGAAAUACAUCGACCCCGAGUUCAAAUGGGCUAACUUCACACUGGAAGAACAAGCAAAGGUAAUUGUAGCCCCUAGAAGCAACAAUGAGAUGGAUGCUUCAAAGUUGAAAAAGGAGUUCCCAGAGCUGCUCGGGAUCAAGGAGUCGUUGAUCAAGUACGUCUUCGAACCGAACAAGAAAACCUCGGCGUGAUAAGUUAAGUUUCGAUGCUUAGAAACUUAGGAUUAUAUUCAUAAUUGCAUUCUGGAUUAGUUAUUUAUGCUUAUGAUUGUCACAUUUUGUCUGUGAUGAUGUUUGCUUUUCGCUCAUAAUUAAUUUUUAUUGUCUCUGCUCUGCUCUGCUGCAAUAGAAGGUGAAGGGUUAUAUUCUUCACAAUCCACUUUAUGAUGUAUUUUUUAGGAUGCCAGUCUGUAUUAAGUUUCAAAUCCUAUGUAUUAAUGCUAUUAAUUUUGCUGAUUUUUUCCCC